AAUCUUGCAGUUAUAGCUCUUAUUGCUAGAUUUAUCAUCACUCCACUAGUUGUUAUUGUGUUCCUCAUCCAUAAGUAUAGAAAAGAAAGAAAGCCAGUAGAUAGAGUGGAAAAUUUUCUACGGAAUCAGCAAUCUUUGAUGCCCAAAAGGUACUCUUACAAUGAUCUAAUGGCAAUGACAAACCAUUUCAAGGAUCAAUUGGGGAAAGGCGGUUUUGGAUCCGUUUACAAAGGGCAUCUCCCAGGAGGCUUCUUGAUUGCUGUCAAAAUGCUCGAAAACACCAAAUUUAGUGCACAAGAAUUCAUCAACGAGGUCUCAACAAUCGGUAGGAUUCACCAUGUCAAUGUGGUACAAUUAUUGGGAUUUUGCUCAGAGGGGUCAUAUCGCGGUCUUGUAUAUGAAUACAUGCCUAAUGGUUCACUUGACAAACACAUCUUCUCGAAGGAAGGAAAGACUCAGUCGUUUACUUGGGAGAAACUCCUCGAAAUCGCUCUAGGAACUGCUCGAGGUAUUGAGUAUCUACACUGCGGAUGUGAUGUAUGCAUUCUUCAUUUCGACAUUAAGCCUCACAAUGUUCUUUUAGACCAAAAUUUCGUCCCAAAAGUAGCGGAUUUUGGGCUUGCGAAAUUUUACCCAAAGGAGUAUAAUCCUAUGUCCAUGAGUACCACAAGAGGAACAAUAGGGUACAUAGCACCUGAGUUGAUUUCAAGGAAUUUUGGAGCAGUCUCGAGUAAAUCAGAUGUAUACAGCUUUGGCAUGUUGUUGUUGAAAAUGGCUGGAGGAAGAAAGAAUGUUGAUGCAAAGGCAAAAAGCUCAAGCGAAGUUUACUUUCCGUCAUGGGUUUAUGAUCAUCUAACCGUAGGAGGAGGGGAUUUAGAGCUUGUGAAUGUGAGUGAGAUUGAAAUAGAGAUUGCGAAAAAGUUAUGUAUAGUUGGGCUAUGGUGCAUUCAAGUGAAGGCAUCAGACCGUCCAUCAAUGAUCAGAGUGGUGGAGAUGUUAGAAGGAAGCAUUGAUGAUUUGCAAAUGCCUCCAAAGCCUUUAUGGUCUUCACCUCAACGUUUGUCGGUACAAGAGACCCAAUCAAACGCUUCAACAGAUUGGCAGACAUCCGAGUCCAUGGAGGAAUGCUUGUAUGGUGACAAUAAUAAUGUUUAUUCACACCAAUAUAUUGUUUAAUGGCAACAAAUGAUUGUAGUUUUCUUUCUUCUUCUGGGUUGGGGAGGCACAGUUGAACUACACAUAGAAACCGGUUUGUGUUCUCUGUCCGACUCUAUAACUGGUUUCUAUAUUUCUAGCAUUAUUGCUUUCGACAACAAUAAAAUGCAAUCAAAAUGUCCUUUUUUUCUUGGGAAUGUUUUUUUUUGUGGUUGAGCUCAAAUUUAUGCUCACAUUUGUCAAGUUAUUAUGCCCCAUAUAAAUUGCCUUGUCAUAUUGUUGUAUUUUUAUGCUGGUGUAAAGAGUUUCAAUUUGAGGAAUA